UACUCAGUAUGGAGAUAUUUCUGUGGGCCCAAGCAGAGGGAGCGUUUGUGGAGACAGACUCCCACCAUUUUGGAUCCCCUUUGAAGUGCUGCAGUUCAUAGGGUUUUGCUGACAAGUUGGGGUUUGUUCUGUAGGUAUGAUUUAACUGUGCUUAGAAAACCAGCCACUGUUGGCUGCAUCACUUUGUAACUGUAAGCAAGAGACAGUGAGCAACUAGGUUCUGUUCUCUCUUGCUCGAUCUUGAGCACUUUAGAGGUCUCAUGAUGUCACUAGAGUUGAGCUGAAAUUAGGACUUACAUCCUCACUGAGCUGGGGUCCAGGUUAGUGACACAGCAGCGAGUUGUGUGUCACUAUCUUUGAGUUCUCUCAGUCACAUACUCCCCCCUCCAAAACCUAACAAUUACUGCUCUCCAUUUCCUGACUCUCUAAUCCUUUAUCCAUUUAAUUUAUUUGUGAAUUAAAGCUGAGUUAAUUCCAUAUUAGAAUAUCCUUAAAGACUUUAAAACUACUAAUAUGACCCUUCAUCUUCACAAGAACUGGCCAGAUUUUGCUCUUGAUAAAGAUUGCUUUAAGCAGAUCAUCUGUAUCGUAGUAAAUGUGUUUUCCACUUUUGGCUACCCUAGCAACUUAAAGGUAAUUGGCUAUUCCCUGAGUUGGUAACCCAAAUAUUUAAAAACAUGAAUGGUUAAAGUUUAAUCCACUGUCAUGAUGAUGAUGUGGCAAUAGAAGCUGACUGCCAGGAUUCAUUCUUCGCCUGGAGAACAAGUUGGCAGUAACACUCACGUAGCACGGUCUCUUACGGAAUAUGGGAUGAGUAAAGCAGACCUCGUCAACAGUUGAACGUAGGAUUUCCCCACAAUGAAUGGAUACUCAAACUGCUCUGUUAACCACACUGAAAUCUGGAGUCAUGAUUUAGUACUUGCGCUGGGCAUCCCUCAGCUGACCAUUAACAUAGCGUCUGUGAUCUUCAACUGCACAGUCAUCUUCACCAGAAUGGCGACAAAGGACCUGCACAAGCCUAUCUCUAUUCUCUUCUGCAAUCUGGCUUUUUCCGAUCUCUUCACCAGCUUUUCUGGCUUUUGGAUUUCAAUGCUGUUCAUCACCAACCCUGACAUUACAAUCUUUGGAUCCAAGGAUAUGCUUGCCCCGUAUGCCUUUUAUACCAUGUCUAUUUUAUCCACCAUCUAUAACUUGGUAAGCAUUGGAGUUGAACGCUACCUGGCUGUGGCUGAAAGCAUGAGGACAAGAUUCAGGGUUACUAGGAACCAUUCCAUAGCUGCAGUUUUAAUUAACUGGGUCCUUGCUUUCUUUUUGGGCUGCUUGCCAUUGAUGGGGUGGAACUGCUUGCAUAUGGAAAAAAACCUCUCUGUCCUCUACAGCCCAUUUUGCGUCGACUACCUCAUCUUCAUCGCCAUUCCCAAUGUUGUGAUGGCUUUUAUUGUACCUUUGUUCACUUACCUUAGAAUCAUUAUCAUCCUGAGGAAAAGAAAGCUGAGAAUGAAAGCAUGUGGACAAGCUACUGGCACCUACAAAUCAGCUGAAAUCCAGGUUGCCAGAACCAGUAUUUUUAUUUGGCUCCUGACGCUGAUCUCCUACGCCCCUUUUUUCGCAGGAGUCAUCUUCGAUGCAACUAACCACCAGUGCCACAUUGAUCUCUACCCCGGCGUCUACAUCUUUCGAAACUGCACGGCGAUGCUGAUAACCAUGAACUGUUUGGGAAACCCCAUAAUAUACACCCUGAAAGCCAAAACGCUGGGGGCUAAACUCAAAGCUCUGAAAUGCCUCUCCGCCAACCGUGUCCGCGCCUGCACUGUUGAGAACCUCUAGCCGGGACCGCCCUUGCUCCGAGAGCGCUGGUGCCCCCGGCCAGGCAGAAAUCGGGAAUUCCCGCCCGUCCCCGGCGCUCUGGGCGCUUCAGCACCCAGCGGGCGGACAGCUCCCGGGCGCGGC